UCAGCUUCUACAUCAGUCAGCAUCACAUUCGACUUUAAAUCCGUAACAGUGAAGGAUGUUUUACUCGGGACGAUGUUAUACUUUUUACGUAGCCAUCGUUAUUUUUGCCGUUGUGCUGAAGCGCGUCGCGACUUUUAGUUUCGACAGCGAGAAUUUAAUUCUCUACGAGGACGCGGCUCGAUCGAAUCAGCAUCGAUCGAGCUAUUUUGGGUAUUCUUUGGCACUCUGGAGUUCGGGGAACAAGGACUUGAAUGGAUCGUGGAUUUUUAUUGGAGCGCCAAGAGCCAAUUCGUCGAGAUACCCGAACGCCAGAGAACCAGGAACUGUGUUCAAGUGCGAAAUUGGCAAACCAUGCACGGAAUGGAGCUUCGAACACAGUUCGAUUAAACCUGGAGACGGUUCUUGGCUCGGUGGAUCAAUUAUGACGGAAAAGCGGUCAGAUGCAAACGUUCUGGUAUGUGGACCAAAGUGGCUGGAUGUACUUCAUUCUAAAACCAAUCAAGCCAUCCCGAUGACAGGCGUUUGUUACAAGCGUGCAGCGAAAGAAAAUAAUUCGAAUCAGGAUAAGACUACGAUAGGUAUCAGCGGGAAUGGCAAAGGGCAUAACUCGAAUGGACUCGGGGCUUCUAUUCACAUUCCCGAUGAUUCGUUGAGAAACGCCUUUAUCGGUGGUCCGUUACAACGUUGGGGAAGCGGAGCACUGACGGAGAUUCAAUGGACGUUUGAUGGAAAUCAAAUUUCCAACUUGCUGCCAUUCAUUUCGCUAGAGAACUACGCGUAUGCCGGAUACGCUGUAACAUCGGGAUACUAUUUUAACACAGUUGAACGCAUUACUGUGACCGGGGCACCAAGGAGUGCGAAACUUCGUGGCUCUGUGUUUCAAAUUUUAGGUAAUUUUAGGUACGGUACUAUAUCCAGCUUGGGAUCGGGAGAGCAGGCUGGGGAAUAUUACGGAUACGCUUUGGCGUCUUGCGACGUCAACGGUGACGGAAGAGACGAGCUGCUCAUCGGCGCGCCUCAAUGGACCAAAGACGUGGACGAGGGAAGAGUUUACGUUCUGACGGGGAGGCGAGAUAGAACGUUCGCGGUCGCAAGUCGUCUGGAAGGAAGGACGCCGCGCGGAAGAUUCGGAUCGACGAUCACCUGCCUCGGAGACGUCGACUUCGACGGAUACGCGGACGUCGCCGUCGGUGCUCCGUACGCCGGAAGUGGGAGCGUAUUCGUAUACCGCGGAAGCAGGAGUGGAUUGUCGAACGGACACAGUCAAGAAAUCCCGGCCCCCGAAAGCACCAAAGGUUUCGGGAUUUCGAUUUCCGAACCAAGGGACGUCGACCACAACGGAUACGCCGACAUCGCGGUUGGCGCUUAUUUGUCAGGGCACGUAGCUUUGAUCCGAUCGAAACGCGUCGUUACUACGAAAGUUACCCUGAAGAGCGACACGCGACAAAUAACGCUCCAAUCGGAUCCCUUCGUCUUUACGAUAACAGUCUGUUCUUCUUACAAAGGAGUUCACGUAGAAAAAGAACUGAGUGUGGAAAACGAAUUAACGGUUGACGAAGUAUACAACAGAGCAAAAGUUGUGAUUGCCAAGAAAAAUAAACAAAGACAUAUUUUUGUUCAUACGCUUCAAAAAUCAAAGCCAAACUGUGAGAAUUUUCUAAUCAAUGUGACGAAGAAUGACAAUAUUCAUCAGGCGAUCAAACUCUCCGUAACCCAGACUUUUAAUGAACGUCCUACCGGUGGGAUCCUGCGGAUUGGCAAGGACAAGAUAAUUGGCAAGGAUCUUUUCUGUCACGAUUGCGUCGUAAUCGAUCCUAUUUGGUCGACAGUCCGAGCCGAGCACGACGUAACAUUGGCAGCCAAGUGCGGCAGUGACAGUCACACUUGCCGAUCGAAGUUAGAAAUUGUUCUGGAAACCGUCGACGAGUUUGUAAUCGAUUCUUCGCCAGGCUUGACGUUGAAUAUCAGUGUGAAAAAUGUCGGGGAGCCGGCGUAUCACACGAAGGCGAUGAUCCGUGUUCCGAUUUCAUUAACCGUCGUCGACAGUGUCGGAUGUACCGAUGGAACGGCGACGGGCAAUUACACGGAAAUUACAUGUCAAAUUGCAAAUCCCUUGGAAACCGACAAAGCGAAAAAUAUAAGUAUAUACUUGGAUGUGUCAAGAAUUCCACGGGAUAUUGAAAAACUUGAUUUCACGGCGGAAGCAACAACUGAGAGCGACGAUAUUUCGGAGGGAACCGGCAAAACUCAUCAUUCGAUCGCGUGUCGAGUGGAAACUGAUGUCGGCAUUUCGCGAAAAAGUACAAUGGACACGAUCGGAUUUGCUCGGACAGACCAAAUAGAGAAUUUACCGAACAAAUCGUUUGAACACACGUAUCUGGUGAUGAACUACGGACGGACACCGAUUUCGAAAGUCGUGCUCGGCGUCUCUGUUCCAACGCAUUGGAUCCAAGCCGACGAGGAAAUCGAAGUAGUCAGAAUCAGCGAAAUACGUAGUAAACUGGACGGGAAUCAACUGAUCUGUGAGAAUGCGACCGAAAACGAAGGUACAGAACCGUCAGCCAGGAUCGACGCAACGACGAUGACCGAGUGGCUGGACGAAGACUCGCCUUCGACGAACACGAAGUUUUCAGUCAUCGAGGGCAAAGUGUUCAGCAGUUAUCCCGACAACAGGACGAUAUACGUCAAUUCCACGAAUCCUUCGUUCAAAUGGAGGACGAUAAACUGCGAGGUGGCGCCUUUCCAAAGCACGCAAUCGGUAGCCGAAGUUACUUUCGCGUUCGAGUUGAUGCUGGCGAAGUUUCCGCCCAAAGUCAUCCAAGCGAAAGAUAUAAUAUUCUUCGUAACGAAUGGCAGUAUCGUGAUUUCGUCACUCAACGUCAUUGACCGUCAAACUGUGAACAACGCAUCCGACGCAAUAAUGAUUGGCACAGUGUUGACUGGAACCCAAAUUGAACGUCGUAUAGCCAUAUGGAUCUUAGCCUUGGCUGUAUUUUUGGCUGUGUUACUUUUGAUCUUGAUUACACUUGGACUACUGAAAUUCGGCUUCUUCAAGAGAAGCAAGAAGCUGGAACUUCAAGCUCUACUGCAGCAACAAACCGAUGAGUCUACUGGAACUGCUGGUCAAGCCAAUAAUGCAACGGAAUAAUCGUCCGCCAUUAAGUAACAGGUAAGCAGUAUUUCGUACAUUCUAUUGUUUAUUUGAUUUCCGUACGUGUAUACAAUACGAUGUACGUGAUGCAAAUUGUGCGUUUACAAAAUAUUUCACGUAUCGAAAUUUGUAAGGCAAACGUUUCGCUUAAUAGACUAAUAUUAGCAUUAUAUAAAAAUUAAACAAUUUGUACAAAAUAACGAGAGCUUUGUUACUGGAGGUGGUACUGUGAAUAACUAACAAACACAUUAUUAAAAGUAAUUUAAUCAUAAACCCAUGUAAACAAUUCUGAGAAUACGUUAUCAGAUCUUGUAAACUUGUCAACGGUAUUUUUCGUUCUCCGUUUAUACGAAUAGUUCGAUUUAAAACACUUAUAUAUUAUAUAUUAUAAAAUCUGUAACAUUGAUACUGAUAAAUUGCGAAAAUGCAGAAUUGAAUUGAAAGCU